AUGGCGAGUAUCGCGGCAAACAACACUGCUCCUGAAGUAUUCGCGCUUACCUCUCGGCUGCUGCGACUCAACCCGGAGUACUAUACAGUAUGGAACGACCGCAGACGCUUGCUAAUCUGUGGCUCAUUGUCCGCGCCAUCGGCUGGCUCGUCGCCCUCGAAGGCGUUGCCGACUUCUUCUCCGACAGACACUACCACACUGUCCUCCGCCGCCUCAUCCUCCUCUUCGUCGACCACGACCCAGCCACACCAAGACCUCCAGAAGACUGGGUCGAGUGGUACAAUAGUUGAUGAUGGAAUCAAGGCCCGAGAAGAUACAAUAAGAUCCGAGCUAGCCUUCACAAUACCCCUGCUGAUGGAGUUUCCAAAAUGCUACUGGAUCUGGAACUACCGGCUUUGGAUCCUCGGAAAGGCUGUCGAGCUUUUGGACCGUGUGGUUUCUCGUGGAAUCUGGACUGAGGAGCUUGGUCUCGUGGGCAAGAUGUUGACGCGUGACCGCCGCAAUUUUCAUGCCUGGGGUUAUCGGCGGCAUGUUGUCGCACAGCUGGAAAGCGCCGCGCUCAGUCCAGACGGGAAGUCGGCGGAGAGCCUGGUCGCUUCCGAGUUUGAAUACACGUCAAAGAUGAUCCGCGUUGACCUCUCCAACUUCUCGGCGUGGCACAACAGGAGCAAACUGAUUCCACGACUGCUGGAUGAGCGCCAAGCGGAUGAUGCUGCAAGAAGGAAAUUUCUGGAAGAUGAACUUGAUCUCGUUCGAGAGGCACUGAACGUUGGCCCCGAAGACCAAUCGUUGUGGUACUACCACCAAUUUCUUAUGCUCAAUCUCUUCGACUCAGUCGAUUCAAGCGCUAUUGCGCCAAACUUGAAGAUCCCGGAGCGAGUCGCAUAUGUAACUCGUGAGCUCGAUGACAUUAAGGAUCUGCUCGAAGAUUACGAUGACAUCAAGUGGCUGUACGAAGCGCUCCUCGAGUACACCAUCGCCUUGGUAAAGCUGGAGAGCCGGAAGCUCAGUGAGAACGAGACUGAACAAGUCAGGAGCUGGCUUGUGAAGCUCCAAGAGCUUGAUCCAACAAGAAAGGGGAGAUGGGCAGACAUGAGGAGCGAGCUUGGCCUAUCAUGA